AAUCCCUAAUGUUUACAUUUUACUGUGCAAAAAAAUCUCAUCAAUAUUUUGGUGGAUCUUUUAGCCUGUUUGAGAGUUCUUUUAUUUUGUUAAAAAUUAUGUGGUACAAAAUGUAAUUAAAAUGACUCAUCUUGAAGUUUUACUGUAUGUCAUUGAUUUGAUCAACACUGACCUAUUUUGUGUAUUUCUCCAGUAUUUAGUCAGUGUUCUCCUAGCAGUGGCGAUUUUAAGAUAUUCUGGAAUUUUGAGAAAUAAAUUUGAAGACGAGAAAUAUUUGAAGAAAUGUGACACAGUCAUGGGAAAACAGUUUGCCAGGACAAAUUUCAGUUGGUUAGAGAAUGUGAUCAAGGGAAAAAAUGGUGGUCCGACCCAUAUAGAAAUGUUAACGGAGUACUUGAAUAAAGAACAGCUUCCAGGCUCUGCAGAAGAUGUCGUCUGUCCUAAGGUGUUCCUUAUGUUUCCAUUUUCCUUGGAUGGUCGUUUUAAUGGAUCAGUUGAACAGUUAUUGAAAAAGAGUAAACAUGAGUACCCGUCUGAGGAUUUCUCCGUCAAGUUCCGUGAAGUGGAGUUACCAGAAUAUAUUAUGAAAGGGCAGCGGAGAAAAUCAACAUUGUCUGUUGUAAAGUUUAGGAAUAGGUCAACCGGAGGAUUUCUGUAUGCUGUGAUUGCUGAGAAUAGGUUGUUAACAAGUUUACAGAAGAUGAUGACUGAACCAGGAAUAAGGUUUAAUGUGGACAACUACAAACUUCAAUUUGAGAUUUAUGUGGAGGAAAUGCGAACACUUCUAGACUGUGACCCGAUGUGUCGGAAUUCUGUGGAAAUUAUACAAUUUAAUGAGGAAGACAAUCUCAGUGAAAUAUUUGAACGAGAAAUAACCAGACUAUCAAUACACAACCACUGAAAUUCAAGAAAUUAUUAAAAUCAACAUUUUUCUACUUAAUAGAUUAUUUCCAACUUGAUCAUUUUUUGAGAAUUGAGUUUAUUAACCAAUUUUUUAUUUCAAAGAAUCCCUUUUUGUUUGUUUGUGAGAAUUACCUAAUUUCUCCACAAAAUGAUAAGCCUCGUUUUUUACUCUGCGUGUUGAUGAGAUUUUAAACUUUUGUCUUGUUUUUUAUUUACAAAAAUUUGUUUACUGUGAAUGUAGCAUUAAAACCAUGUUAAACUGGACCUAAAACGACUGCUGUAAUGCUAUAUACUGGUCUCAAUUAACCCCCUCAACUCAAAGUAAAAAAAGUAUGAACUGGACUGCUGUAAUGCUAUAUACUAGUCUCAAUUAACCCCCUCAACUCAAAGUAAAAAAAGUAUGAACUGGACUGCUGUAAUGCUAUAUACUAGUCUCAAUUAACCCCCCCAACUCAAAGUAAAAAAAGUAUGUGACAAAGAAAACGCUGUGAUUUAAACAAUCGCAUAUUUUUUUGAUAUUUUUUUAUGUAAAGAAUAUUUUUCUGGUAUUAAAUUAUUUAAUUUCUUU